CAAUUAUAUAGGGGGUGCUUUGAAUUUGUAGAGAAAGUUCUAGAACUAUAAGCGUUCAUUUAUGUAGCUUUUGGUUUCUUCUGACUGGAUGUAUUUUAUUACUUUGUGAAAAUGGAUGAUAUAAAAUUAAAGGUAAAUACCUUGAAAGACCAAGGAAAUGCUGCAUUAAAUGCUGGAAAACUUGAUGAUGCUGUAGCAUUUUAUACUGAUGCUAUUAAGUUAGAUCCAUCCAAUCAUGUCCUCUACAGUAAUCGCAGUGCUGCAUAUGCAAAAGCAGAAAAAUUUAAAGAAGCAUUAGAUGAUGCAGAAAAAACUAUAAGUUGUAAACCAGAUUGGAGUAAGGGAUAUUCUCGUAAAGGAGCUUCAUUAGCUUAUUUAAAACGUUAUGAAGAAGCUAUUGAAGCAUAUGAAGAAGGUUUGAAACAUGAUCCUAAUAAUGUACAAUUGAAAGAAGGUAUUAAAGAAGUUGAAGAUCAAAUGGCAAGAGAUGGUAAAGGGAUACCAAAUAUUUUCAAAGAUCCAUCAUCAUUGUUGAAACUUCAUAAUGAUCCUAGAACAAAAGAUUUUUUUAAGGAUCCAGAAUAUGUUAAAAUGCUUUCACAGUUACAUUCCAAUCCUUCUGCUAUGACAUCUCUUUCAUUGAAGGAUCCAAGAAUGUUGACCACACUUAGUGUUUUACUUGGUAUUGAUCUUGAAAAAAGUGAUGAUGGUAGUGGUGAUGCUUCAAUGGAUGAUUCAACUGAUAUUCAGAAUGAUAGUUCAGCAAAACCUAAUACUAAAAAUGAGAAUGCACAGAAAGCAGAACCAAUGGAUGUAGAUAUUUCUGAAGAAAAGAAGAAAGCUUUAAAAGAAAAAGAAGCAGGAAAUGCUGCUUACAAAAAGAAAGAUUUUGAAACAGCUCUCCAACAUUAUGAUGAAGCAAUUAAAUUGGACCCAAAUGAUAUGACAUUCUAUACUAAUAAAGCAGCUGUAUAUUUUGAGAGGAAAGAAUAUGAAACUUGCAUUGAACAAUGUGAGAAAGCAAUUGAUAUUGGUAGAGAAAAUAGAGCAGAUUUCAAAUUGAUUGCAAAAGCAUAUGCAAGAAUAGCAAGCUCGUAUUUAAAAUUAAAUAAUCUUCAGAAAGCACAGACAUUCUAUCAGAAAUCUCUAGCAGAGCAUAGAACUCCAGAUGUUCUAAAGAAAUUGUCAGAGGUAGAAAAAUUAAUUAAAGAAGAAGAAAGGAAAGCUUACAUUAAUCCAGAAAAAGCAUUAGAAGAAAAAGCAAAAGGAAAUGAAAAAUUUCAGGAAGGAGAUUAUCCUUCAGCAAUGAAAUUUUACACAGAAGCCAUUAAACGAAAUCCUGAAGAUGCUAAACUGUACAGCAAUAGAGCAGCAUGUUAUCAAAAGCUAGCAGAAUUCCGUUUAGCAUUAGAAGAUUCUGAGCAGUGUAUUAAAUUAGAUCCAGAAUUUGUUAAGGGCCAUAUUAGAAAGGGAAUGGCAUUAAUGGCAAUGAAAGAACAUUCAAGAGCUUCUAGUGCUUUUCAGAAAGCACUAGAACUGGAUCCAAAUAAUCAAGAAGCAAUGGAUGGUUAUAGAAAAUGUGUGCAGGUUUUGAAUUCUAAUCCAGAAGAAGUUAGAAAGAAAGCUAUGGCAGAUCCUGAAGUACAAAAGAUUUUAGGGGAUCCAGCAAUGAGAUUAAUUCUGGAGCAAAUGCAGAGUGACCCAAAAGCAAUUCAGGAACAUUUGAAAAAUCCAGAAAUAGCUGCAAAAAUUCAGAAACUUUUAGAAUCUGGUAUGAUUGCUAUACGUUGAAAAAAAUUAUUGUUUGUGAAGCAAUUGCCUAAUUUACCAAAUCAUUAAAAGUGUUUAUCAGAACA